AUGUCCGAGUCGCUGCGCUUGAUCAACGUUCCGCGCAAGUCGGCGCCGGCCAAGCCGUGGCGCCUCCAGCACGCGCUGGCCCUCUUUGCAGGCGCCUGCGCCAUCUUUGGCCUGCUCCAGGCGUCGCGCCCGGGCCCGAUCCUCCUCAAGGGUCUCGAGCCAACCUCGACGAACGUGUGCGAAGACCACCGCUUCUUGACGCUGGCGCAGCUCAAGGCGUGCAUCACUGCCAUCCCGUUCAACGCGUCCGACCGCGACGCGGCCAUUGCGCACCUCCGCACAAUCUUGCCGAGCUAUGCGUUCAAGGACCUCGCCAAGAGCGCGCAUCCGUUCGGGCCGUACACAAUCCCCGCCGUGGACUUGGACGCGGAGCUGGCGAUCGUGGCCAACACGACGUACGCCAACGACGCGGCGUUCCAGGGCGCGCUCUACACCGUGUUCAAACACCUCCGUGACGCGCACACGUCGUACCUCAAGCCCGCGUUCUACUCGUCGUUCUACGUUUUCCACCCCGUGAGCCUCAAGAGCUUUGGCCGCAACAACUCGCAGGUGCUGCAGUUUGACACGCCGGACCACAACGAAGUCAAGGUCUACAAGACCUUCUUCCCGGACGACGACGCCAUCCGGGACAACGACGUCCUUGGCUGGGACAUUACGCACAUCAACGGCCAGCCAGCGAUCGACGCGCUUCGCGACUUUGCCAACCACGAGAUUGGGCUCCUCAAGGACGAUGGCACGCGCUUCAACAUGGCCGUCACGGGCUUCGAGACCGGCCGUGGCUGGUUUGUGUUUCGUCCGCUCUCGACGUUCGACAUCCCAACCGAGAAGAACGUGAGCUACACGCUUACGCACCCAACGACGGGCGAGUCGAAGACGGUGACGUACAACUGGGUCGGUCUCAACGGCGCGGCGUUUCCUGGGCGCGCGCCGCCGACGCUCACGACGCGCAAGCUCGAGCACCUCUUUGAGCGGCUCAAGCGCCACUUGACGCACCACAACUUUGUGGACGAGAAGCCGUCGGUGGACUUUGCGUGGCUCAACGACGACGUCGGUGUCUUGAGCAUCACGCAGUUUUCGCCGUCGGGCGACCAAGAUGCGAACCUCUGGACCGCCACGUUUGGCCUCAACAUUACGCUUGCGCUCGCCGAGUUUUCGCUCCAGGGCGGGAAAAAGCUCGUGCUGGAUCUGCGCGGCAACGGCGGCGGCGACAUCUGCCUCGGGUACGCGACGAUCCGGUACCUCUUCCCGAACCUCGACCCGCUCGGACCGCUCGAGGGCGUCGGGCCGCACAACCGGGCCAUCUACCACCUCAAGCAAACGCCGCUGUUUGAGAUGCUUGCCGAGCAGGGCGAGCGCAUCUCGCACACGAACCCCGAGCUCGCGCACUCGGAGUGGGUGCCCAACCAGUGGUUUAGCGCCGACACCAAGCGCCAGUACCGCAACGCAUCGUGGAUGACGUCGCAGGUUCGCAAUACGCACCCGACGCUCGGCAACGUGAGCCAAGGCGUGUACUACGGCUGCUCGGGCUACGACGCGCUGUUCCAAGCGCCCGGCACAAGCUUUGCCGGUCUCUCGAAAGAAGACGUCAUCUUGGUCUCGCACGGCUACUGCGGCAGCACGUGCUCGGUCUUCUCGAGCUUCAUCCAGAUGCACGACCUCGCGCAGACGGUCGCCUUUGGCGGGUACCUCGGGAACGAGCAGCAGUUCUUUUCAUUUCCGGGCGGCCAAGUCUACAACUCGAUUGCAGUCUACAUUGACGCGCUCAACAUGGGCCUCGAGAAGCACCCGCUCGUGCCGCAGCCGAUGACGACCGGCGCGGCCUUUGGCUUUGCGAUGGUCGCCAUCACGCCGUGGAACACGCCGAACGCGUCAUUGCCGCUCGAGUACCAUUUUGUACCUGCAACGUACAACCCGCUCUUCCCCGAAGACCCGCUCGACGCCGUUGCGCUCUUUGAAGCCGCCGUCGCGCUCACGUCGUCGUCGUCGCAGUAG